AUGGCUCCCACGGCCGUGGACCUUCUGUCUCCUGCUGAGCGCGACGCCGUUGAAGGGUUACUCCUGUUAUCACAGAAAGCGGUCGUCUUCCCACAGUCAGGAAGUUCAGAACAAGACCGGGAUCCAGAUGAGACCGAUCCCGACGAGGACCUGCCAGCGAAGCGUCGGGUAAACCCGGCUGCCAGGGCUCUGUACACUCUGCAAUUCGACACAAGACUCGACAGGAAUGAUUUUCUCAGCCCCCCAGGCACAAUGAUCCCAAACAUGGCAUCAGGGAAGCCAUGGUUCCAUGACCUCCUGGAGUGCAAGCCAUUACAGGACUUUGUGAGAAUUGGUCUCCGAACCGCAAGGCUGGACAGCCAGGCUGAGGAGCGUGUGGCUGCCGUCCUCGCGAUCAUGGAAGAUCGCUCAUGCGUGCAAGAAGCUUGCUGGUACCUCGAAGCAUGCGGCUGGGACGUGCAACAGGCCACCGCACUGUACCGUCACGACGAGGCCACGCGCAGGCGACGCAAGAAGUCCCGCCACAGCGCAGCCAGCCGCCUCGCCGCCCAAGUCACGGCUACAAACUAUAACCCCACGAUGCUCAACUUCCAGACCCGUCAGGUGAAUGGGCUCAGCCGGCCUGCAGCCGUGUUUGCGAGGCCUGAUGCCUUCGACAAGCAUAAUGCCCAGCACAUCAAGGCGCUGAACCAAUGGCGCAAUGACCUCCGGCGAUUGCUUGACGGAGUGCCUAGCACGAACCUCACGUCCACAGACUCCUCACCAACCCUCGCAAAGUACACGGAGGAAGAGGAUCGAUUUCUGCUCAACCGCUUCGGGAGUAAGAUCCCGGACUCCGACAUCCAAGGCAAGGGUCUCGCGAUGCAGGAAAUCACGCGAGAGUUCAACGCUCUGUUCGUUGGUUGGUGUCUGCCACACGCGUUUUCGCCCUGCGGACCCAGAAAGGUCGAAAGUAUCAACAAACACAUCCACACCACGCUGAUCGGAAGGAAGACAGGCGAUUCGCCUAUCAGCAUGUCACGCAGAUGGUCCAAGGUGUCCAAUCCAGGGAGUAGGCGGAGUUUGAGGCCUUCAUGA